CGCUCUUUCGCUCGCCCCGGGAGACGCAUUGGAAACGCUUGGAGCCGAAAGGAGGCGAUCAGAAGAAACGCGAGCCCCGUUCGAACCGCGGAGCUACUUUGCCCAAUCCUCUCGAUUAACGCAGUGAUAUUUACGUUUUCGCAUCAGAUUAUAUUGCUUCUUUUUUUCCUUCAGGACGGCCAGACUUGUCAUAACCAGCGACACGUAAAUAGGCGCGCAUUUCAUUCGAGACGUGCACCUGCCGAAAGUGUCGUGUGCUCUGUCUACGCGCGUGUAGGUUUGCUCGCUGCUAGCCAGCAGUGCAAUGUGUUUCAUUCUCCAUGUGAGGGAGCAGCGUGUCAACACAAUAUCGCACGAGAGUGGGACUCGUAAAAGAAGAUGCGUGCCGUCCUCUGGAUGAUGAUGAUGAUGAUAUGAUGGUGGUGCUGCUGCUGCUGAUGAUGAGAGAAGGUUGCAAUGCGGUGCACAGCCGCUGGUUGUAAAGCGAGAGUGUUGCGAUGCAAGACAGAGGGGCGUCUCGCUGUGCUGCGCAUGGAUUCCGCGUCUCCGCUCGUCGCCUCCUCCUCCUCUCUCAAAGCCAUCGUCAACACAUCCUCCUCGUCCUCCUCCUCGUGAGCGUCUGCUUCUUCGGGUCGGGGCUUUCGCGCUCAAUCUCCGCAGCAUUCGCGUCGAGUAGCUCCGAGGAGAGGCUCGUUUCGGACAUCCCGCAGUAGCGAGGAAGGAUACUUGUAGCAGCAGCAGCAACAACAGCAGCAACAUCAGCAGCUUCGUUAAUAGGAGGAAGAUCAGAAAGCGAGAAACUUGAUGGGUGAGAGGCGCGCCAGCGUGAUGUUCGCGUCUACUGCAUGCGCCCUGGCGCUCUGCUCUGCCGUGUAGUUGGGGGGGGGGGUUGUUUUAUUGGAUUAAAAUCUGCGACCGAGGAGCGACCGGAGAAGACAAAACUGGCUGUAAUUCGUCGGUUGCGAUGACCAAGCAUGAGCCCCGCCUGGCUUGGUCCUCCUUGGGCGGCCCUGCACGCGCUGCUGUCCGGCCUCCUCCUCCUCACGGCUCUCCUUCGCACUUCCAGCACGGCGACCUCGACCCCUCCGUGCUCCUCCACCAUCGGCGAGGCGCUGCGCGGCUCGUUCGGCUCGCGUGAGAUCGGCACGCGGGGCGGCGAUGGCAGCUGCACGUGGAUCGUGCACAACCCGGAUCCCACCAAGUACUCGGUCUUCCUGAAGAUCGCCGCCAGCGACGAAGAGAGCUGCCGGGAUUACCGUGUCGCGGUCCGCAGCUUCGACCUGCAUUUGCCCGCCGGCAAUGGGACGUCUUCCGCCUGGACCGCACCGGGCACCGGCGGGGACGUGCUGCAGCCGUGCUCGCCGGCCACGAACGCUCUCUCGCCGCUGCUGCUGCUGCGCUCCAACGCUGACGACGUAGAGGUUCAGAUCUCCAGGAUUAGCGGCCGCGAGGACCAGCGUCUUGGCCCCGCGGGAGGCGACUCGGAAUUAUCGGUUGAUUUCCUGCUGCUUGACAAUGUGCUGGGUUCCGUCACUUCAGCUGGGGGAUGCGGGGUCCUGUGCUCGUGGCUGGAGAGUGGAAACUUCGGAUGUGUGGUGUUGGGGCCACGUCUGCAGUGUGCCCAUGGAGGGGAGCUGUCUGUUGCGCUUCCUUGUGCGUGCAGCACCCUCCCGGUUACCCUCCCGGCGUCUCCACUCGCCAGCAGGACGGAUGAUUGCCCGAGGCCAGGGUGCCUUCCCAAGGAUGUGGCUCAUGACCGCGGCAAGGGCGUGCAAGACUGGCUGCCUCUCCCUCUGACGGCCGCUCGGAGUCAAGGCCUUCGCUCGCUGGAGGUUCAAGGCAAGCGACUCCAAACCCGGAGGCCAUUCUCCUCGCAGCAGUACGGAGGAGAACAGGAUCAGUCCCCGGGUGGGGGUGGCAAGGAGUGGUCCGAGUGGAGCCAGUGCUCAACCACGUGCGGCGAGGGAUCGCAGGUGCGCACGUGGGCCUGCGUCCCCAACCUCUGCAAUGGAACCCUGCGCGAGCAGCGCAUCUGCAACAACUCAGCGGUGUGUCCAGUUCAUGGCACGUGGGAGGAGUGGACCCCCUGGAGCCUCUGCUCCUUGACGUGUGGCCGCGGGCUGCGCACGCGCGAGCGCACCUGCAACGAACCGCAGUAUGGCGGCAACCACUGCGAUGGGCCCAAAAACCAGAGCAAAGUGUGCAGCAUUGCCCUCUGUCCAGUGGAUGGAAAGUGGACAAAGUGGUCAAAUUGGACUCCUUGCUCUGUGUCGUGUGCCAAUGGGACCCAGCAACGAUCACGGGAGUGCGAAGGCCCCAUCUAUGGAGGCGCGGAGUGCAGGGGCCAAUGGACUGAAAAACAAGAAUGCUACAUCCGCGUUUGUCCCGUGGACGGCCAGUGGAUGUCCUGGGGUCAGUGGAACGAAUGCCCCGUGACUUGUGGCAGAGGUGAGCGGAGGCGCAUCCGCGUCUGCCACGGGCCGUUCAACGACGGGAAGAUGUGCGACGGCCUUUCCUCCGAGACAAAGACGUGCGCUGAGGCGAAGUGCCCCGCUCCUCACGAAAUUUGCCGCCAAGAGCAGCUGGGUUCCGUCACGUGGCAGAAAACCGCUGCCACCAACGUGGCCACGAACCGCUGCCCCACUGACGCCACGGGAGUGGUGAUACGGCAGUGCUCGCUGAAUUCCGAUGGAGUGGCCUCGUGGGAAAAGCUAAGCUUCAUCAAAUGCAUCUCCCACGACGUCCGCAAUGCGCUGCAGUUGAUGAGGGACCAGCUUGCGGUGGGACAAGCCACUCCAGAGGGCAUGGCUGCGGUGCUGGGCAACCUGGCGGGCACCUCGCAGACCCGGUUGCUCUACAGCGGCGACCUGCUGGCCUGCAUUGAGGUCCUGCGCAACUUCACGCAAGAGGCUCGCCGGGUCUCUCGCGACCCAACCAGCGAGGACAUUCAGAAUUUCUUGGAAAUUGUGAGCAAUUUGCUUUCGGACGAAAACAGACCGAAGUGGGAAGACAUGCCAACGAAUCCGCCGGCUGUGCUGGAGCUCAUGCAGCUUGUGGAAGACUUCGUUCACGUGGUGGGCUCGGGAAUUAAGCUCUUCAGCGACAUGUACAUCGCCAAAGAUAACAUCGUCGUCGGCGUGCACAAACUUUCGAGCGCCGAGGGUGGCACGGACUUGACGUUCCCGGUGAAGGGCCGGCGCAACAUGAUCAAGUGGGUCAAGAGCUCGGAGGACAAGGUGGUCAUCUCCAACGCGGCUCUCUCGUCCGGCCGCCAGGGAGAACCGCCGCCGGUUUAUGUCAUCGGAGUGUCUUUUUAUAAGAACCUGGAAGGCAUCAUACCCAAGCCAAGCAAUGGGACCAUAAUAAACUCCAGGAUAGUGUCUGUGACCAUCCGGCCAGCACCAAAGAACAAGGACUUGCCACUUCUGGAAAUAGAAUUCUCUCACACAUCGAAUGGCACGGGCGCAUUCUGCUCUUCGUGGGACGCGGCGAGCAGAGAUGCAACGCUCGGCAAAUGGUCCCCUCGCUUCUGCAAGACGUUACUGAGCGACGCGGGGAAGACACUGUGUCAGUGCGGCAAGGUCUCUGCGUUCACUAUCCUGGCCCAGCAGGCUCAAACACAGAAAGUGGAGCCAGUGAGGACACUGUCUGUGGCUCUGAUUGUCGGCUGCUCAAUCUCUUCUCUCGCUCUCAUGCUACUCAUCUUUAUAUACACCCUCAUCUGGAGAUCUAUCAAGUCUGACCGGAGUGUGAUUCUCAUCAACUUCUGCCUCUCCAUUAUCUCUUCAAACAUCUUGAUCUUGGUUGGACAGACACAAACACAGAACAAGGGUGUGUGCACCAUGAUCGCUGUGUUUCUGCACUUCUCCUUUCUGGCCACCUUCUGCUGGGUUCUCACUGAGGCCUGGCAAUCCUACAUGGCUGUGCGGGGUGUCACCAUGAAGAGGAUCAUACGCAAGCGCUUCCUGUGCAUGGGCUGGGGGCUCCCAGCUCUCGUAGUUGCGACCUCGGUGGGCUUCACGAAAGCGAGCGGAUACGGCACGGCCAAUUAUUGUUGGCUGUCUCUUGAGGGAGGCCUGCUUUAUUCAUUCGUUGGACCAGCUGCUGCUGUUGUCUUGGUCAACAUGGUUUUGGGAAUUCUGGUCUUUAACAAGCUCGUGUCCAAAGAAGGCAUUCCUGAUAAAGAGCUGAAACACAGGGCAGGGUCGUCGCUGUGGAGCUCGUGCGUGGUGUUGCCUCUCCUCGCCCUCACGUGGAUGUCGGCCGUUUUGGCCAUCACUGACCCCCGCUCAAGCCUCUUUCAGAUCCUCUUCUCAGUCUUCGACUCCCUGCAGGGCUGCGUCAUCUUCAGUGUUCACUGCAUCCUCAAGAAAGAGGUGCAAAGCGCCAUCAAAUUUCGGAUUACAGGACGACUGGAGCCCAGUGAGCCCUGCAGCUAUUUCCAAAAUGGCCAUGCGCAAAUAAUGACAGACUUUGAAAAGGACGUUGAUCUCGCUUGCCGCUCAGUGUUACAUCAGAAAGACAUAAAACCCUCUCGGUCCUCCACAGUCGCGAGCACCCUAUCGCGCACCUCCGCACCGGACAACGACGCCAACAAUGAGCAAACGGAGAUGCAGCCCUGCCUGGGCCAGACGCGUCUGCCAGGCAGCUCCGCAAACGAAAUCCCCAUGCACCCAGUCACGCAGAUCCACAUGAGCACCAUGUCCACGCUGCCUCGAUUCCAGGAGUCCUCCUCAGUCGUGCGAUUCCAGGACUCGGCAGCGACACUGCCGCGCUUCCAAGACUCCGCCGGUCAGAUGCUUCACGUGCACGAGCACGUGAACUCACGCGGCGUUCCGGACCACGGCCCCCACGGCCAGCGCUUCCAAGAGAGCAGCGCCACCAUGCCAAGGUUUCAGACGUCGGGGGCGGCGAUGUCCUCCUCGAGAUACCAGGAUGGCGGUGCUCGCGUCGUGGGAUUUCAGGAUCCCAUCUCGCAGAUCUCGGGGCAGCAGGUGGUCGGCGGUUACGGAGGGUUCGGCGAGCGUGUGAGGCUCGGGCAAGAAAGCGGUAGCGGCGGUGGAAAUGGCCACCGGGCCAAUUUUGGCCUCCCGUUUGGAGGCGGUGGUGGCGGUGGCGGCGGCGGCGGCGACAGAUUCAGCCGCACGGACAGUGAUCUGCUGCGUGCGCAAGAGCGGGCUCUCGAGAAGGACUACAUCGUCCUGCAGAGUAGCCUCAAGGAGGGCAAGGGUGGCACGUUGGACGGGCGACAGUCGGAUGGUGGGGGCGGCUUGGGGUACGGUGCGCGGGGAGGGGGCGGUGGUGGUGGUGGUGCGUCUACGGGGCCGCGGAUGGGGCUGCAGUCCCGGAGAACGAUGAUCAAGCCCGGCCAGCGGGGAAACAACGCGUCCAACACCUUAACGAGUCUGCCGGAGUUUGACAAGGGAGUGAUACGGCAGCUGCUCAACAGCGAGUCGGGAUCCACCACUUCGGUCAACUCGCUCGAUAGACGAAAAGCAAAAUAUUCUGAGCUAGAUUUCCAGAAAAUCAUGCACACGAGAAAGAGGCACCAUGAGAUGUUUCAUGAGAUGAGCCAAAAAUUCCCAACUUUGGAUCGACAUUGGCAGUCACCUGCAGAUAGCCUGAAGCAGUCGGAGAAAAGAUGGAGCCUGUCGUCCCCUGGCAGCGACUCGGUGGUGGAGAGCGUGAGCGAGAUGUCCUCUCAGAGUCGCCCUCCGCUCGAUCUGCCGACAACCGACAGCAGCCGGCGGCAGUCUCCCGCUCCUGCCAUGUGGCCCUUCCACGGCACGGGACACGAACACCAGAUGAAGGAUGCGUCGGAGCAGGAAGCUUCGGAAGACCUGAUCUCCUUCACGGGAGGAACGGGCGAUUUCCAGACCGAGGUGUGAGUGUGGUGCACGGACAGCCAAGCACACUUUUGUGUGAGAAAGGUUGAGAGAAAGGUUUGAAAAAAGCUUCCCCCCCCCCCUUAUUACUUUGUUUGAUUAAGGAAUUGCUGUACUUUACGCUUCAUAUUUUAGGCAAAUUUUUUGGAGUGAUAUUGGCCCAGGUUGUGGCGUGUAUCUCUAUUAGCAUCGAAUGUAAUAGGCAUUGUAAAGAAGUUAGUUAUUAAGACUCUGUUGUGAUAAUUAAAACAAAGGUAUACCACCUUUCUUUAGAAAGUGUUCAUUUAAAUUUGUUUACUUACGACCGGCUUAUAUAAUUCUUUUCAGUUUUUAGUUUCGCUAAACUUAAGAGCAUUCAGACUUUGUACUGCAAACAUGUAAAAUGUAUCGGAAAGGUCUGACUGCAUGUAAAUAGAAUUUCAAUUCAUGUGAUGGCAUGAGAAGUUAUUUUUUAAUAAUUCAUUUAAUGAUAAUUAUUUUAUUUUUAAAAAAAGAAAAUAAAUAAACUAAAAGAAUUAUACAAGUGCAAAAGUUAUAUUAGGUUGUGAUGGUAUAUUUUAAACAAAAAAAAUAGCAGUUGCUUCACCUGUUUACUUGCUUAACUGAACAUACAGUAGUUGAAUUAAUGCUAAUAUUUUAAGAACUAUUGUCCAUCAUUUUGACUGGAUGUACAAUACGCUUCACCGUAUAAUUACCAGUGUAUAGUUUAAUCCUUUUUGCAAUGUUUAUUAAGAAGAAGAAGAAAAAAACAAGCAAAAAUAAAACAAGCAUUACUCGUGCGAACAUUGGCAGCAUGUAUAAAUACAUUCGCUUCGGUUAACAACGCACCGCGACUAACACAACAACCGAAGGUGGGUUACAGUUUGGUUCUGAUGAUCAGUGACAAUUAUUAUUGUGUUCUUAACCUGGCGAUUCAACAAUCGCUGAACGACUACGUUGUUGGUUGACCACACAUUUUGAAAUAAUUUCCCCAUAAAUUCCACCGUGGUUAUUUACUGCUGCUAAGUGUAAAGUGUCACUAUUUAAAUUGGCUUCCAUUGCUUCCAAAUUUUUUCACAGAGAAACUAUGUAGACCAUUACAAAAAAAUGUUUACAGCUACCAUGGGAUAGUUAUAGAGUGCUGCUACGGCGCGACAGAUCUUUUUUUCCCGUUGUUCUCACAUCGUCUGCACACGCUGUGGAGUUGUGAGUUGCACCACUGUACAUAGGCAUUCGAGGGAGGGAUAACAAUUGUCUUACUUUGUAAUAUUAUCCUGGCACAUGUGUUUUUUGUACUUUCGUGAGAAGGAUGGUGCAGAAAGUGAAAUUUUAGUCUGGCCUGGAGUCACUGAUGGGGUGGAACCACGUGGUAUUUCAGCAACAAAGCAAAGGAAUGCUCUAUUGCGUUUAUAAAUGUAACAUAAUUACUGAAUAAAUUAGUUAUUACUACCAGUGGUAGAUGGAUGAUAAAAUUGUGUUUGUUAAAAUGUAAUAGUCUGAUAAAGGAAUAUUAUGAAGGCACAGUUGUGCUCUGAAACGAUCAUUGGGUAGCACUCACCUCUCAUGCCAGCACUUACUUAGAUAGUAGAUCAAUGUCCACCCUCCUUCGGCUGUCUCCACAUGGGAUGAGUUAUGCCAGAGGGUUUUGUCCGAAAAUGACAAUAUUUAAUUCACAAAGUAUUCGCUUAGGAAAUGACAUUUUAAGUAACACUGCCUAAAGUAAUACAGAGGUACUAUCAAUGAACAUUUCCCUGAAACCAAGUUUUCAAUCAAAUGGGUAUCCAGUGCAUCUGUGACGGAGUGUCAGGUACGAGUGUUAUAUCAGGAAGGUAAGGAGAACUGUGGGCAAUGCUGACAACGCUACACACAUUCCGACAGGCACUCCCAGGUAGGAUAAGUUUGGCCAUGGUGCCACGUAAUUAUUUCACCCUUAAUGUCAUAUCCUCUCACCCUUAAUGUCAUAUCCUCUUCCACGUGCUGCUGUACUGAGGGCAUUGGCAACGUGAGAUAGUGUGGCAUUUCUGUGCUCGUGUGUGUGCAAGAUGGAAUCAGUGAUGGAAUGGUUUUCAGACUACUGUGAUCCCAUCAACCAGGGUUCGAUUCACGACCCAUAGCUAAGUUCAGUGACACGUGGUGUCUGAACCUAUUGUUCAGUUCCCUUUGUUUGACUCGGCCUGAGAUUAGUACUAUCUUUUACAGUGUGUGUAAAUAACGGCACUGGGGAGACAGAGGCAAAUUGGCAUGGUGAUAACCACACCGCCACCCUCUUGUACAGCAUACCAACCAGCCUUAAUAGAUGCUCACUAACAGCCGUUACACAUGCAUUCCAUAAGACUAAACAGGGGGGUUCUGUGAAUGCGUGUUUGCGUGUCUGUGAAAGACAGCAAGUGCACGCUAUAAUUGCAGUGUCCCUGCAUUCAAUCCCUGCUUUAAAUUUUCGGAGCCGAUUGAUUGUGGCUUGUGUGGUCCUUUGCUACAUUGAGUUGGCAUAAAUGAGGAGGGAAAAACAAAGGCAGCAGAUAGAAAUGCUGGUCACAUUGUCCACCAUAUUCGGGAUGGACUCCAUGCAUUUAUUCAUCAAUUAAUAUAAAUUCCUAAGCUCAUGAUUGCAUGCACCAAAUUUCACACUCGAGAUUCAGUAUUUUUUUAUCACGUUAUCCAUGUUUGCAGUGAGGCAUUUUAUUUCAUGUUAUGGGAGCAUUAUAAAUGUAAGUUGUACGUAUUGGUAUUCACUCUAGAUUUGAAGCUUUUGUGACUGCAAGGAUUCAUAUUCUUAGGUUUUUUCGGUAAAGUCACAUUGGUAUUCACAUCACACCUUGCAGCUUCUAUAGUUGCUACCAUUCACAAUCAAUGUAAAACAAAAAUGGAUUCUUGCAUAGAAAAAUUGUGACAAUUCAUGAAACUCACCGGGGGAUGCAUUUGUACUGCUACGACGGGCCUAUUCAUUUGACUACAGCAUAGCGUCAACCAUCCGGUGGGCACGUGUCUGCUUCGUAAGUUUUCCUAAGAUUUAAGAUGUGCACUUACGUCCACGUUCAAUGACAGAUACAUUUUAACUCACAGAUGAAGUUUGACAAUUGACCCUCUAUGAAUGCCACAUGUUUGCUAAUCCAACUCACUUAAUCCAAGUACAGUGCAGGAAGUGCUUUGGUUUUUUUUCUUCUCCUGGUGUGACUCUCACGUGAUGCCCACGACGUUUGCCCAGAUGCCCUCGGGCAGCCUCGACGCUGAGAACUUAUCGUAAUGCGGGGCAGUUGCUACAUGCCUUUCCGUUGUGGAAAAAACAUCAACAAAUGUGCGUCUGCUUCGCAGCACUAACACCGGGACAUGCCCCUUGCAUUACAUUUUAACCAUCAGAAACCUUGAGCACCUGAAUGGAGCCUCCCGUUUUUUGUAGAUUAAACUGAACACAGUUGGCUUUGAGAGCAUUAUAUUUGAUUAAUCUUUGAGUCAUACAGUGGGUAACUACGAGGUGUGUUCAUCAUUUCGUGUUCGUAAUCACACCAGCUUUGUUCGACCUAUGACUAAUUUGUGGGCCACGGGCCUCCGCACGGUCAGGAUUAGCGCUCAAACCACCAGUUGUGCACGGCUCCUCGAACAGAUGACACCGGAGCAGACGAGACGUAGUCGUCUCUUCACCGUAAGUUCAUUUAUGUUGCACGUCGGGGUGGGGCCCGAUGUACAUUUCGAUCAAUCACGUAGCCAGGGAUGAUGGCACGAGAAGCAUCAUCGCGACGAAUUGUCAUCAAAUUUUCUUGUAAAUCAAGGGCAUCCAGUUGCACAUGCUUCUGAAACAAUCUGAAAUUUGUAUCCCGUGCCCCCUAAUAAUUCACAGCAGUUGAAUAUUGGCAUGAUGUAACGCCAGCCAGUAGUGUUCGUGUUUUCGGAGCCCUGCCAGUCGCAAAGUGUACCUUUUAUGCUUUGUUGCCAGCCACUCAGAUAUGAGCUGUGUCUGUUUUGCCACACGCAGAUUGAUCGCUUCCUUGGGUUUACAUAAGCACUGCCUGCAGGCGAAACACGCACUCCGUGAUCUCGGCAACUAAAUAUGACAAACAUAUGCACACGUAUGUCAUUUGUAAGUAACCAAAACGUGUAAAUCCCUAACAUACUUACGUCAGUAUACAUGCGUCACUUGUGUCACAGCUCAAUGAAUCUGCACUUGCUAAAGUGGAUUGCAGAGCAACGGAUUUAUUGUGUUGACUGUGGCACAAUAAAUAUUGCAAUAAUCCUCCUGUGACAUGUUUCAUCCACUAAUUUGUGCACAUAAUUUAAAACAAAGGUUAGGGUGACCUAUGAAUUUGGUGAAUGAGCGCAACCACUGCAGGAUGAAAGAUAUUUAAAUCAUUUCACAAAUUUGACAUUGCAUGUCAUAUUUCUGGGAUGUUCACAAACCAUAUAUUAUUCAUACAAUACUUCUUCCGAGGUUCAUUUAGGGCUCUAUAAAUGCUUCCCACACUGGUUCUGUUUUCGUUAUACAAUGGUGGAUGAUGCUUAGUCAGUGAUGCUCAUGUUUAAACCUCGCAUGCUUGCAUCAAAUCAUUGCUUUCUUUCUUACGACAUGAGUUAACCACAAAGAAGCCACUGUUACACAGUAGUGUGAUACAUCCACCUAAAGGUUCGUGAGGCAAGUCGGUGUCUGAUGCAUCUUUGCAGAGUUUUAGUGUCGGGCAUUCCCAUAUCAAACGUGUUCCUUGGUUUCCUUACGAAAUGGAGAUUAAAUAAAAGCAGAAUUGGCAAAAACAAUCCUAACAAGAAAGGUAUUGAGACUCAGUAAUACACUUUAAAGAGUUCAUGUGAACUGUUACUUUCUCAAAAACAUUCUAAGGUAGGUGUUAAUUUUUUUUAAAAUCGUCAUUAAAAACGUUGGCAGUGGUGAGCAAGGACCAAAAUAUACCCAAUUUUGGCCUAAACAGAAAAAAGUUUAGGUUAAUGUUUCACACAAUUAUCCUACAUCGACAUCCAUGCCCAUGGCAUCAGGAGACAGCCUUCCAUUAGGGUGGCUUGGAGCUGUUUACUACCACGUAAGCCUCUUAGAUUCGGAGAAAAGCAAAUUGUGUAAAAAAAAAUUAAGCAAGCUUGGACCUUGGAAUUAAUGUGUGCAGGUAAACGAGGCGAGACCACAGAACGAUUUUCACAGCUGGUGCAGGAUUUAAUCUCAACUUUUUGGGCUCCAGUGUAGAAAGCAAAGAUCCCUGGUGCAGAACCAUGCUGAGACUGGACUGGGAGUGUCUUGAUCGAAUUUGAUAUUGUUUGUUUUGCCACUUGAUCUGUCUGUAUUGUGUUGCAAUUGAAAGCUUUCCUCUGGGACAAUUUGAAAGGUGUGUGACUGACAGGCAACCUGGCCUAUCGCUUAAGCCCUUACACAAUUGACUAAAAUUUUAACAGCUUUUCAAUUUAUUCUGUACAUUCUUAUUCCAUAUGUACCUACUUCUAGUUAGGAUAUAUGGACAUCUAGUUGGGAUUUAUGGACUGACUAUGCUGGAAAUUAUAUCGUGUAGGUAAAUUGUUCUCGCUUUUUUAUUUAACAACGUGUGUGUCAGUGGAGUGCUUUAGUCUAAAAAAAUAUUCAUCUUAAAUUGUUUUCCAAACGGCUUGCACAAUUGAUGUAAAAUAACCAAAUGUUUCGACUGAGAAACAUCCAUUGACUAUAAAGUGAGAUAGACAUUUUUUUGUUAAUCAAAUGGGGAUUUUUUUUAUGACCGUCGGUAGUACAUUUAUUUACGGCAUCACCAACGGAUGCUGAACAAUUCACUUGAUUGAAUCGGCGGUUAAUUGAAAAAAAACAGUCUGCUUUGUAGGAAAGCGCAUGUUACAUUGGAAGCGCUGGAUUGAACAUCCAAGAUUACAAUGCACCUUCUUGAAUGUAUUAUCAACCCAACUUUAUAGAAAUGAAAAAUGAACACAGGUGUGCGAUUGUUGAAACUGGCCUCUGACCAAUUCACAAAUGGCAACCCAAUCAACAUCAGCUGUCAGAGCCAAAUGGGGGGGGCGCAUUUGUACAUUAUUUUGUAGCUCAGAAAGGUUCGAUCACAGCAACAGAGGCAAAGCAGACAAGACUAAAAAGUAGUGAUUUUCCAAUUAAUCAAUUGUCCCAAAAUGACCUCAUCUAGUAUGAUUAUUAGAAGCAGUAAAUGGCUUACUAAAUACAGUUAACUGUCAAGACGCAUCAAUUUACGUGUUUUUUCACUCGCUUUCCCUGUAUUAAUUCUCUGUUAAUUAUCGCAUGUUGAUCUGGAUUAAUCCCCUCGGAAUCAUUGUGACUUUUAGUACAUAUUUUAGACAUUAUUUACCAACAGCCUGGUUUUAAAAAUAUAUACGUUAAUUGUGAAUGUAAGUGUUCGAAACAAAACGGACAUUGGUCAUUUCGUCCAGGAGCCAUUCACGAUGCACAUAAAGCAUUUAAUUUAAAAAGUUGCAACGCUUCUGUGAGAAGGGCAUGACUCAAGUUUAAUUUUGGCACCAUCCUUCCUAAUCGUGUAAGAUACUAAACAAAUACUAAAUAAUUAAAGCACAGAAUUAAAAAGUAACUUUCAUAAUGAUUUCAAUCCACUUUUUAGUUCCUGUCCAUAUGGAUAUGUUUAUUAUAACGUGUGUAGAUUGCUUGACUUUGCUGUAGCAUAACUGUUGUGUCUCCCGUUUAUGAUUGAUGCUCUAUGAUGUAUGAUUUGAUAUCUAACUCUGGCAAAAUAAUAUUCAUGUGGGGACUGUCUACUUUGCCAUCUGUGUUUGCAUAUCGAUUUUGGGCGUCAUUUGUAAUAAAAAAAAGUUAUCAUUAAAAAAUAUCCCC